ACCCGAUUCCAGUUCUGAGCGGGCCGGCCGAGCAUUCGCACCGUAUCCCGAGACCUACCUCGAGACAGGCCUCGAUACAGAAAAGUUUGACGAGAGUUUGAGAGCCGAGGGAUAAGGAAAAGAGCAAAUAAACGAUAGAGAUCGACGAACAGUUUUGCGUUAAUCUUGUCGGUUAAUGUAGAUCGGUGGUAACCGAUGAUAGCGUCGUUGCGACCACCAGGAUCGAGAGAACCAAUCAGCUCUUGAUCGGGACGACAGGUUCCGUGAGGCAGAGUGCACACGCGACCCUUCCGCUUCGAGGAUCUCCUAAGCCCCGGAAAUGCCGCCCGUUCGACGCGAUCGAGCUGUCGCGUGAAGGAUCAAGAGUGCCCCCCCAAGUGCAGUGCAUACACGAUACCUCGAUUCUUGGAAAAAAAGUUCGGUAAAAUUUCUGCCGUUUCUCUCGUGCGAUCAUCCUUCCUUUCCUUUCCACGUACCGCAAACUCGCGAGGAAUAGGCGUCGCGCUGCUCGCGGCGACCGGAAGCGCCUGGGGACGAGACGAAGACAGUGCUGUUGGGAAUCGAAGAUCGAUCGUAAGUAAGCUCUGCGAAAGAACAUCACGUUUGACGAGCUUGGAGACUCCUACAUCCCCUUGACGUUUUCGAGCAUCGUCCAAGUAUCAAACGCUCGAAGAAGGUGUACGAGCUGCGAACCGUAUCAUUGUCGAAGCAUUGUUAUGUCUUCGCGGUAGUUCCACGAGUUGUGGAGGAACGCGCGCGAAAGGAGCCGAGGUAGAGCGGAAGCGGAGGAACCUUUUUACAGGCAGGCGACAGAGAGCUAUCAAAAUGACGGAAGCAUCGAGGGAACCGGAGCUCGCGGAUCCCGAGAAUCCCGACAAAACUGCUUUGAAUUUGACGGCCUCGUCUAGCAAAUCGAAACCACUACCAGAGCGCGGUACAUGGAGCACCAAACUAGACUUCAUUUUGAGUGUGGUUGGCCUAGCGAUCGGUUUAGGAAACGUGUGGAGAUUUCCGUAUCUCUGUUACAAAAAUGGCGGCGGUGCCUUCUUAAUUCCGUACUUCUUGACGCUGGUACUCGCUGGAAUCCCGAUGUUCUUCAUGGAGCUCGCCCUUGGUCAGAUGCUCACCGUUGGCGGCCUCGGUGUCUUCAAAAUAGCGCCCCUCUUCAAGGGUAUCGGUUACGCGGCGGCUGUCAUGUCCUGUUGGAUGAAUGUCUACUAUAUCGUAAUACUCGCCUGGGCCAUUUUCUACUUCUUCAUGUCCAUGCGUAGCGAAUUACCUUGGGGAAGCUGCAACAACUACUGGAACACGAAGAACUGCGUGAACCCCUAUGACAGGGACUCGUUGUUAUGUUGGAAUAAAGUCGUCAGGCAUACAGAGGUGAAAUGGUGCUCCGUCAACGACGUCAACGUGACGGUCACGGAUCUCACUGAUCCGGUUAAAGAAUUCUGGGAGCGACGAGCGCUCCAGAUCAGCGAGGGCGUGGAACACGUGGGUCACAUUCGCUGGGAACUGGCUGGCACUCUCCUUCUGGUCUGGAUCCUCUGUUACUUCUGCAUUUGGAAGGGUGUAAAGUGGACCGGCAAGGUCGUCUACUUCACCUCCCUUUUCCCUUACGUUCUGCUGACGAUUCUUUUGAUCCGUGGAAUCACGCUGCCUGGGGCCAUGGAGGGCAUUCGAUUUUACAUCAGCCCGAACCUUUCCAAGCUGAAAGAGUCAGAGGUGUGGAUUGACGCGGUCACGCAAAUCUUCUUCUCGUACGGAUUGGGAUUGGGAACCCUAGUGGCUCUAGGUAGUUACAACAAGUUCACGAACAAUGUCUACAAGGACGCUUUAAUCGUGUGCUCGGUGAAUUCGUCGACGAGUAUGUUCGCUGGCUUCGUAAUAUUCUCCGUGGUCGGUUUUAUGGCUCACGAGCAACAGAAGCCUGUCGAGGAGGUCGCUGCUUCCGGUCCGGGAUUAGCAUUUUUAGCUUAUCCUUCGGCGGUUCUCCAGCUUCCAGGAGCGCCUCUUUGGUCUUGCCUGUUCUUUUUUAUGCUUCUUCUCAUCGGGUUGGAUUCUCAGUUUUGCACCAUGGAAGGGUUCAUCACUGCGAUGGUGGACGAGUGGCCUCAGCUGCUUCGUCGACGCAAGGAGAUAUUCAUCGCGAUCGUCUGCGUGCUCUCUUACAUAAUCGGAUUAUCCUGCAUCUCCCAAGGCGGGAUGUACGUCUUCCAGAUCCUCGACUCGUACGCCGUUUCCGGAUUCUGUCUUCUGUUCUUAAUUUUCUUCGAAUGCAUCUCGAUAAGCUGGGCCUUCGGCGUCAACCGAUUUUACGAUGCCAUUAGGGACAUGAUAGGCUACUACCCUCUCAUGUGGUGGAAGCUCUGUUGGACGUUUACUACACCGAUGAUCUGUGUCGGCGUUUUCAUCUUCAAUCUGGUACAAUGGACACCUGUAAAAUAUCUAGACUACGAAUAUCCGUGGUGGUCGCACGUGCUUGGCUGGAUGACAGCCUUAUCGUCGAUGCUCUGUAUACCUGGUUACAUGCUGUACUCCUGGAUGACAACGCCAGGCGACAAUUCAACGAAAUUCAAGUUGUUGGUACGAAUAGAAGACGACGUAGCGAGCCUGCGAAUGAAGAUGGGCCAGCCAUCGCUCGAGUUAACACCGCUUUAACUGCCACGGAUUUAUCUCGACUCCGAAAGGAAUUUAUCUUCCUAAUUUUUACUACUUCCCGACUAUCAUUAAUUUAACAAACUAACCGUAACUAUGUCAUUUUUAUGUUAUCGCUUUCGUGUAACUUCUCGUAGAAUUGUCCGUUUCCUUCGAUUCGGAAAGAACUUUGAUCGUGUUCCCUUUUCCGAACAACAUUUUUGUUAAUUAGAAGACAGUUUUCUUGUUCUUUCUUUCUUUCUUUUUUUUUUUUUUUGUAUGUUCUAGGUAAUAGACUCUUAUUCAACGGAUAGAAGAGUCCCCAUUUAAAAAUACAAGGGGACUAAAGUGUUCAGAAAUCGCGUUUAGUAUGUUAGCUUAAGUGUAUUUAGAUUAUCAAUUAAUAUUUAUAUUAUAAAUACAAGAAAUUUUCGGUGUACGCGAAUAGUUCGCAAAAAAACUGUUGUACGCUUAAACGAUGGAUCGAUGCAAUUUUAUAUUCUGGAAAAAAUCUAAUUGUAAAGAUGGUAGAAACCGUAGUACUUCGCGAACGUUCGAAAUCGCCGAAACUAUUUGCGUAAGCCUAAUCACAAAUUUAGCUGCUGACUUAUUUUAGCGAUAUCGGACGCGUACGGUAAAUCAAAAUAACUGCACAUCUUGAAUUUAACAGGUUGGCCCCUAUGUCACCCAUAUAGUAUAGGUGACAGAGCUUUUCAUAAAAGAAGAAAAACUAAAAGAAUUAAUUCUGAAUAUGAGGUAUUAAAGAAAAUAAAUCUGGAUAGAAUUGGUAAAUUUGGUAAAAUCAGAAAAAUAAGUGCUACGAGCAAAUUGUUAGAUUAUCUAGUUCCCAAUUGUCUUGAAACAUUUUAACUCUGUAGAAAUUUUCACGAGUGUUAGUCUGACAGUCAACGUAUUAAUUAUAAAAAAAAAAUACACAUAUCUCCGCUGCCAUAGUUAUUACGUUUUACUGUUCAAUCGAUAGAUAAGCCGUGAUAUUUUUUAUCAUUAAAAGAGUAAAAAAUAUCUCGGUUUACGUGCGAUUUUAUGGAAGAUGUACAUGCAAACUUUAUUCUUAAUAAAAAUUGUAGAUUUACGUAGGGGGCAAUAGAUAUUCGUUGUAUUAUGUACCAAUAAGAAAAAUCGUUAUCAACGUGUACUAGACUCGAGACUAAAUAUUUGAAAAAGUUUUUUGAUGGAAUCCACUGUAUAUUUAAUUGAAAAUUACUAUAAUUAGAUGUUUCACUAGUGUCUAUUGUAGUCGUAUACAUAUGUUACGCACGUUUCACUUGUAGGAAACGCGAGAGGAAAAAAGAGGAAUAAGAGGAAAAGUAUCUGUACGACAAAAUUCUUUUUUGGUAAAUAAAGGCAAUUGCAGAAAA